AUGCCGCCACGUAUCACACAAGACCCGCACUUGGUGCAACCCCCCGACUUUGAGUCGGAACAAUUCCGGGCGCUUUACGCCACCUUAGCCACCGCCGAGCGCACAGUGGACGCUAUCAUAGCCGACUCCCAAAAUGCUUGGACCCAGAACAACGACGCGCAAAGAGUCGCGUGGAACGCCCAGGUCGAGCAAGACCACGCAGAAGAAGAGGAAGCUAGGGCAGCUCAGGAGCAAGCAAAGCAAGAGGCUGCCAAAGCUGAGAAGUGUGAGAGGGAGAACAAACGGCCCAAGAUAAAAUCCUUCACCCCGAACAAGACGGUCGGGAAGUUGUCAUCUCGUCGACCUUCCUGCUAUGCGAUCCACAAGAUUGAACAACUCGAGUACGUUGAGCUCUACUAUUUCACCAAGGAGGCCUGUCUUGAGGCUGAGAGGACGGAAUACUCAGUGGCGAGGGGCACCUUCACCCUGAUGGCUGACGGAGAGAACGUGCUGGCAAAACCCGCUGCUGCGUACAAGCCAUCCACAAAGGUCGUCCAGGAUGAGAACCUCGAAUGGCGCCAAAUCAUCAAGGCGAAGGACUACAUGCUGGAAGCCAUGGUGGACGCAGGCUGGCCCGAGGAACACGUCAUGGCCCUUGGUGUAUUCUUUCUCGAGCUCGACAAGCACCCAAUCAGCGACCUAGAGGGGGGAGAAACCGCUGUUCUACUGUACCAGGCGCGCAUCCGCCGUAGGUGGAUGGAAGACCUCAAGAGCACCAAUGACGAGGAAGUCUUCGACAUCAGUGUUGUCAAUGACAAACGGCUGGAUGAAAUGUACAGCGAGGUGCUCAACCUCCGUCAGGCCCAAGGCAUUAAACGGGUGCACCCGCAACGUCGACCCCCCUUUCGGCCUGCACCCUUUGCCUUGGUCGACAACCCCACAACAUCUUCAAGUGCAACUCCAGCAUGCUCUGGGACGGCUCACCAACCCAUUGCAGGAGAAACGAAGCUGGUCGCUUGGUCAACCCAAAAGGAACCGUCAUCUGCACCGACUGGCAGCGACCAGCAGGAUGCUCCAGCACAACCCACGAUUCCAAACACGAGUGCUCGGGAUGCGGACAGGCCUCUCAUGGAGCUCAGAAGUGCCCUCGAGCUCAAGCAGCAUAAUCCAGGAAGCCCAUACAAAGCAGACACCUGGAGGUGGCAUCUCGAGGCAACAGGCCUCAUCCACCAAUAUCCAACCCUUCCGUCCGAUUUUGAGCAAGGUUUUGAUGAAUACAACCACAACGUCCAAAUUGAGUUCGAACGUGGGAGAUACAUUGGGCCAGCUUCCUGUGCGGAGGUUGAAGCCCUCCUGGGUCCCUUCCAGACUUCUCCGCUCUCUGUCAUUCCCAAGCCUGCUAAACUGGGCAAAUUUCGCCUCAUACAAAACCUCUCCUACCCUCUCAAAGCCAUUGACGGCGUCACUUCCAUCAACAGCGGCAUCAACUCAAACCAGUUCCCGUGCACCUGGGGAACCUUCUCCGUCAUCUGCCUUCUCAUCUCGCGGCUUCCCCCAGGCUCACAAGCAGCAGUUAGAGACGUCAAGGAAGCCUAUCGAACCAUUCCCAUCAAGCCCUCUCAAUGGCCAGGAUUGGUUGUACGACUGCGCGGUGAAGACCAUUUUGCAAUUGAUACCAGGAACUGCUUUAGACUUGCCUCGGGGGCAGGCUCCUAUGGGAUCGUUGGUGAUGCUAGUGCACAAGUCAUGCGAGCCAAUGGAAUCGGGCCUCUCUCGAAGUGGGUCGAUGAUCAUCUCUUUUACCGCAUCCUCAAACAUCACUUACCUGCUUACAAUGACUUGCGCAGACAUUGGGCUGAGGACAUCAGGAAAAAUGGAGGCCGACUCCAUGAUGGAGGCCGCAUCUGGUUCCGAGGCAGGGCAAUGCCCAAUGGAAAACUCGAGGAAUUCGACGAAGACACAACCUUCCCACUACAAGAUCUCUCCAACAAAUCUGCACGCUCAGAUGAGGACAGAAAGUAUACCUACUGUAUGGCAGACAUUGACACCCUCUGUGAAGAACUGGGUAUUCCAUGGGAAGCAGAGAAGGACAUCCCGUUCCAGUCAGCAGUACCGUUCAUUGGGUUCCUCUGGGAUCUGGAGCGGGGUGAAGUUUCCAUCACGAGUGGAAAGCAAGAGAAGUAUCUCACUGCCAUCACAGCCUGGGAGGAGAGCACAAAGCACACCUUGGAAGAGGUGCAAAAGCUCUAUGGCAAACUCCUCCAUGCUUGCCUGGUCAUCCCAGCAGGACGUGCUUACCUCACCCAGCUGGAGGCCUGCAUGGGCAUCUUCCACAAUCGUCCGUACGUACCACGCACCCCACCACAACAUACAGCAGAAGAUAUACGCUGGUGGAAGGAGAAACUCCAAGGACCAUGCAUCUCCAGACCCAUCCCCCGACCAACCCCCAUCAUUGACCUCGUCAUGUACUCAGAUGCAAGCUCUGAAGUCGGCAUCGGCAUCACGAUUGGCCAAAAGUGGCGAGCCUGGCGACUCCUCCCAGGAUGGAAGGCAAACAACCGAGACAUCGGCUGGGCAGAGGCAGUCAGUUUCUUCUUCCUGGUCAUCACUCUCCGCAAUGCAUGCCAUCACCCGGGCAUCCACUAUGCGGUCUAUGGAGACAAUCGAGGAGUCGUGGAAGGAUGGUGGAAAGGUCGCAGCAGGAACUGUCCAACAAACAGUAUCUUCCGUAUGGUACACACAUUCUCGCAAGAAAAUAGCCUCACUGCCCACACUAGAUAUGUUCCCAGUAAGGAGAACCCAGCUGAUGGCCCUUCUCGUGGAGAAUAUGGCACGACGCAAGACCUCCUCCCUGCCAUCAACAUCCCCAAUCACCUCCAGCACUAUGUCGUCGAUUUCGACACACCUCAUAUGCCAACGGAACUCCGCCUUGCACGAGAAGGCAAAGCAGCCCUCGCCGCCCCCAGGAUCAGCCCAGCCACACGACUCCUCCAACGCCAAAGCACCUCAGAGGGCCAGAUCCUCCAUGAAGAAGAAAUCCUCGCCCACUUCCAAGCCAGCAACCAAGCGGCACCGCUUCUCUCCAGAGCACUGAAGCACAAAUGGAGGGCCAUACCAUCCACACUCUGCCCACACGUCUUUGCUCGAGAACGGCUUACACGUUGGAGACCAACCACGGUCCGUACUGCCACUGACAACCAGGGCCGGCCCACCCAUCUCUCCGCUGAAGACCUGGCCCGCAUUCUCGAGGUAAUGGCCAGGGCGUGGGCGGAUGGGACUCUGGAAGUCUAUGGGACAGGCCUCCUCACCUGGCACGCCUUCUGCGACAAGAACGGAGUUAGUGAGGAUCAGAGGGCCCCAGCCUCACCCCUCCUCAUCGCCUCUCUCAUAGCCACCCUCUCAGGUGCUUUCUCUGGUGGCACCAUCGCCAACUACGUCUAUGGCAUCCGGGCAUGGCACAUCCUGCAUGGGGUCCCAUGGAAGAUGGUCGACCCUGAACUGGAGGCACUGCUCAAGGCCACAGAAAAAGCAACCCCACCCACAUCAAAGAGGAAGAAACGCCAGCCAUACACAAAAGAUUUCAUGGUUGCUAUUCGCAGUCAGCUAGACCUCUCAACGCCCCUCCAUGCUGCCGUUUAUGCCUGCUUGACAACCACAUUCUGGUCAGCUGCCCGAGUUGGUGAGUUCACGGUCAAAAACCUGACAAGCUUCGACGCAAACAAACAUGUCAAACCCUCAAACGUUACAACCACGACAGACCAGAACGGCUUCGAAACAACCGAGUUCUUCAUCCCCUCCACAAAGUCUGAACCCACCAACGGAGAGACAGUCUCAUGGUCGAGACAGAACGGAGACACAGACCCGGAGACUGCAUUCCACAACCACAUAGAUGUCAACUCACCGCCAAAUGGUGGCCACCUCUUUGCGUACAAAGUAGGCUCAGGAUACAAGCCACUGACAAAGCACAAGUUCAUUCAAAUUCUCACCACCGCAGCACGAGCAGCUGGCCUAGAGCCACUUCAAGGCCAUGGGAUCAGGAUUGGGUCAACACUCGAGUACCUCCUGAGGGGGAUUCCAUUCGAUGUGAUGAAAGCAAAGGGAAGGUGGGCAAGUGACGCCUUCCUCGUCUACCUCAGGAAGCAUGCCCAAAUCCUCGCACCAUACAUGCAAGCAGACCCAGUCCGCCAGGAAGAAUUUAUCAGGCUAACCAUGCCUCCACUACGCCGCCACUAA